UCUCCCUCCCCCCCCCUUCUUGAUUCCAAGUUUGGAGCUUUUCAGCUGGCAGCCCUUGGCCCAUCAUGUAGGUGCAGAGCCCCGGGAUCUCGGCUGCAGCUUGCAAGUGCUGGAAAUCUAUUUUGACGGAGCGGAGAGGACGGCCAUCUCUGCACGUUAAGACAAAGGUGUAAGAGGGGGAAAUCUGCUGUGCAAUCCAGUAAGAAGAGCCUGUGCAAGCACAUCCUGCAACCCCAGCUGCUCUGCAGGAAGAUCUGGAGCUGCAGUUUGCAUCUUUGUUGUAAAACUACACAUAGAGAGAGAGAAGAGAGAGGCAAAGUCUUUGUGCACCCCUCCCCUCCCCCCUCCCAUCAAAGCAAAGGGGAGAAUGUCUCAGCCUGGUAAAGGAGCUCCUGGGUACAUGAAGAAGGCCCCCACAAGCAAAGGAGUUGGGAAGAGGAAAAACCCAAAGUUGCCUAAGCUCCCGAUUGAGCAUCCGGAACCCACUCCACCAACGCCACCACGUGACUUGGACUCAAAAGCAUGCAUCCUGAUAGGAGAGAAGAACUUUGAGGUAAAAGCUGAUGACUUACUACCGAUUGAAGAACUGGGCCGAGGAGCCUAUGGAGUGGUAGAGAAGAUGCGACAUGUACCUAGUGAGCAGAUAAUGGCAGUAAAGCGUAUUAGGGCAACCGUGAACAGCCAGGAACAAAAGAGACUGCUGAUGGACCUCGAUAUAUCUAUGCGCACAGUUGACUGUGAUUUCACUGUCACAUUUUACGGAGCUUUAUUUAGAGAGGGAGAUGUGUGGAUCUGCAUGGAGCUUAUGGACACAUCACUGGACAAAUUCUACAAGAAUGUCAUAGACAAAGGCUUGACUAUCCCAGAAGAUAUACUGGGGAAAAUAGCAGUUUCUAUUGUUAGAGCAUUAGAACAUCUACAUAGUAAACUCUCUGUGAUCCAUAGAGAUGUGAAACCUUCCAAUGUUCUCAUCAAUAAGCAGGGCCAGGUGAAGAUGUGUGACUUCGGAAUCAGUGGAUACUUAGUAGAUUCUGUUGCCAAAACGAUGGACGCUGGCUGCAAACCGUACAUGGCUCCUGAAAGGAUAAACCCCGAGCUGAAUCAGAAAGGAUACAGCGUUAAGUCUGACAUUUGGAGUUUGGGAAUUACUAUGAUUGAGCUGGCCAUCCUGCGGUUUCCCUACGACUCCUGGGGAACUCCUUUCCAGCAACUCAAACAGGUAGUGGAGGAGCCAUCUCCACAGCUGCCUGCGGACAAGUUUUCUGCAGAUUUUGUUGACUUUACCUCACAGUGCUUGAAGAAGAAUUCCAAAGAGCGUCCAACUUACGCAGAGCUUAUGCAACACCCAUUUUUUACGCUACAUGCAUCUAAGAACACUGAUGUGGCGUCCUUCGUCAAACUCAUUCUGGGAGAAUAAAUGGACGCGAGUGACCCUUCUCUCAUCCUACACACGGACUUCUCUUCCUACAGGACGUGGGGCGGCUUAACGUGGCUGCUUGAAUACCUAUAGAAACACAUUAUGGGACUGGGAAAACUGGACUCCAUAUUGUUUCUUUUAGCCUUUACAUGCAAACGUCUAACCCCUGUGCUGCCACAGCUGCCUCUCUGGCAGUGCAGGAGUUUCACCGACGCGUCUUACGGAAAUGGGAUAUUUUUUUAAUUUUUUUUCACCCAUUUGCUACUGUAUGGGUUUUAAGCAAUUUAGGUUUCUUUUUCUAGACAAAAUUAUUAUUUUUUUUUUUUUCGUUUUGGUUCUAGGUGCUACUAGAUGUUUUUCUGUUUAUUUUUUUUGUCUUUUUGUUUAAAAUAUUUAUGUUCUGUAUUCUGAUUUAAGUCUGCGUUUUGAGAGGAAGUGUGUGAUCUGGAUAAAGUACGGUGGCAAAUAUUUAUAGGGUUUUGCUGGUGAAAGGGUGAAAACUUUUUUUCUUUUUUUUUUUCUUUUUUUCUUUUCUUUUAAUAUUUAAUUUUCCCCCACAUUUAUUUUUUAAACAAUGAAUUUGGAGUGACUGUGUGAUAAAUGUCAUCAUCUUAUAUAAUAUAUAUUACUUUUUUAUCUAAUGUGUUUCAUUUUAAAGCCAAGUAGUUAGAUUGACAUAAUGAUGAUUUUAUGUUGGCCGAGGUGAGAUAGUCACUGUUGACUUCUUAAUGCCUGGAAGCUAAAAAUACACUAGAAUCAUGUUGUCUGAGGUUAUUGUAACCCAGUCUAUGGAGGACGUAAUUUAAAGAUGAAUUAUUGCAUAUAUAUAUAUACUACUUCAGAGGAAACCUGUCUCAUAGAAUCAUACUGGGGCAGGUUUAUUUUUUUGUAUUGGCGUUUGACUGGUACUAAAGGCCAAACCAUCCUCUCUGUAUAAUUUACUCCUCAGGAUGCAUUAAAUAGUCUGGGUGUUGCUAAAGGAGCCCUCGUAUGGACAAAGGGACUUGCAAUGCAUUUGGUCACCAGUAAGGGCCAUUAGUGUGAAUUUAGCCCAUUAACUUAAAUAAGGUUUGCAAAGAUCCAUGUGCUUGCUGCCAAAAGUACCCAAAACAGAUGAUCUUAAAGGGGUUAUCCAGGAAAAUUCUUUUUUUUACAUAGAUCAACUGGCUCCAGAAAGUUAAACAGAUUUGUAAAUUACUUCUAUUAAAAAAAAUCUUAAUCCUUUCAGUACUUAUGAGCUUCUGAAGAUCAUAGAGGUGCCAGGAAACCAGGGCUUACGUGUGUGUAUUCAGGAGCCAUAAGAAAUACGCUUAAUUUGCUCAAUUUGGAUCCACCAGUGAAUGGGCAGAUGUCAUUCAGCCCAUCAGUGUAAAAAGCAAAUUCGUCCUAUAAAGUCUCUAAAACUAGUUAUUCUGAAGUUAAGGUUGUUCUUUUCUGUCUAAGUGCUCUCUGAUGACACGUGUCUCGGGAACCGCCCAGUUUAGAAGAGGUUUGCUAUGGGGAUUUGCUUCUAAACUGGACAGUUCCCGAGACACAUGUCAUCAGAG